ACUGCAGUUUAUUAACCAAGACAAACUAAAACACUCAAUAGAUUUGUGGAACAACCUCAACAUAGAAGACUAGAAACAUCUCUACAAAAACCCAAAGAUAAGAACAUGGGAGCUCAACAAGUUUGGCAUCUUUCUUUCUUGUGGACCUGGAUAUUUGUCUGUUUGUUCCUUUCUGAAUGCACAGGAAUGGACACACCAAAACUCAGCAUGGACAGCUCAGUGUUUGUGGGAAUAAAAGGCGAAGAUCUCAGCAUUGUCUGUUGGUUGACGAUGCCAGCAAACCAAAGCCGUGACUCCUUCUCAUGCUCCAACCCGCUCCAAAAAGUGAUAUAUAAUUCUGAAAUCCCUGAGAAUAGCCUGGAACUGAGGCGCAUGCUACCAGUGAUGCUGAAAACCCUGAGCAUUUCAGGAGAAUACAGCUGCCGAUAUAAAACAGCCAUAGUGUAUUGGUUUCUUCGUCUGAGAGAUGAGGGCUACAGGCAGCAGGUCUAUAUGGAUAACCCAGGGAUCAUCGUGGUCGCCGUCUUCACGGGUGUGCUGCUGGUUUUCAGUGUGGUCGGCUCAGUGUAUGUCUUCAGAGGACAUGGGAAAGAACGUGGCGACAGCGGCAGAAAACGAAAGCAGAACAGAGAAGAAAUGCAGCAGAGAGAGGUGGAGGAAGACAACAUGGAUGCAAUAACAGCUCCUUCUACGUCUUUCUAUGCAAGUCUAGAGACUCGACCCAGGUCCAUCUAUGAUGUGCUGGACCACUCAGCUGCUAAGAAAGAGCCAAACCAAAGAAAAUCUAAACCCAAGAAAAAGGAACCGCAAGAAAAGAUGCCACAAAGCCCACAAGACCAGAAUGAAGGCACAUUUGAGUGUGUCUAUGAGAAUUUUUGAAUCAUAAAUAACCAUGUGAAUUGUUGCUUUGUGUUUGACCAUCAGGGCCAGAGUGAGUGCAAAUGUUUGAAAUUAAAUGAUCAUGUUAUAAUAUGUUUCUCUUUCAAAUGCACUGGAGCACAAUUAAAAAAUAGCAUAAAUUCCUCAGCACUGUACUACAGACGUGUACUACAGAGUCUGAUUCCUGCAACGUAUCUUCUUAUUUAAAUGUGUUAUGGCUGAAUGAGGAGUAAUCUACAAGCUACGUGUUUUCAGAAGUCUAAUUUAUGAAUGUAUUUGCAAGAUUAAUGACUAAAAUCAUUUUGGGUUUAUAAUGAUUAUAUACAUAAGGAUAAGUAUAUUGGGUCGAGUUAAGUUAUUUCUUUUUAAUCCAUGCAAUUUCUUUUUAAACAUGCUUUGUAUGUAUUUUAUUCCAAGUAGUGUAUUGUAUUUUAUCUGUAACCUGAGGCUGUAAUAAAGUUUUCUGAUUACAA